AUGGUGGACAAGGGGAUCAGCAAGGCGGGCGUGGAAGCCGCUGCAGCAAACAACAGCUCCCACGCAUCGUGGAACAAGGCGCUGGAGUCUGCGCUCAACACGCUGCGCAUCCUCGCCACUCCUGCUCAAUCCGACAGCAAAGCUUGGAGAGCCGUGCAGCAACCCGUGGCGCAUGCGGGGGGUCAGCAGCAGCAUGGUACCGCGCACAGUGCGAGCGCUGCGUCGGCCCAGCAAGCCCAAGCCCAAGCGGGUCCAGGUCCAGAGACGGUGGCAUUGGCGCAAGCAAAGGCAAAGGCCAAGCAGGAGCAGCAACUACAGCAUAGCAGAGACGUACGCAUUCACAAGCGGUCGACUGGCAAACAGCUGGGAAUGCAAUCGGGUGCGGAACUGUACAGAGCGGCGAUCAGCGUGGAUGCCAGCAUGGGCGAUGAAGGGAAGCGGCAAGUGCGAAUUGCAGAUUGCGAAGCCGCUCUGAAUGCUGCCGAGUGCAGAGCGCAGUGGGACAGCAUGGUGGAUCGCAGCGAGCUGGUGGAACAAGUGUGCGCGGAUACGCGCAUCACUCGAACAUUCUACAAACUCGGUUGGCCAGCCAGUCCUCGAGACGCCAUCACUAUAGACCAGGUGCUGCGCGAUUCCAACUCCCUGAUCUUUGUCUCCACCAGCCUGCCCCGAUCCGCCGACGCGCCCGCUUACCUUCGACCAUCGCCUCCUCACGUCAGGUCGCACAUCCACUUCUACGCUAUAUGCGUUCAGCGCAGCGUCGACGCUGGUAGUGGCAGCGGCAGCGGCGGUCCGCUCAACAUCACGCUGUACUGGAGCUGGGAUUUGCGAGGAGCAUGGCUGGGCAUGCCUGCUGGAGGUCUGGCCGCACAGCUCCCCUCCAUCCUCCACAGCUUCGCAUCAUUCGCUCGAGAUGAAGCUCCGCGGCGAGUGCCCACACUGUCGCACUACGGCAGCGACGUCCAACUGCUUCAACACUCUUUUCAGACCGAUCGAGAUACGCUGCUGGACGAGUAUCAAGUCUUGCCAGCUGCUGGUGCGCACGAAGAAGCCGGCAGCAACACCACAACGCUCACCUGGCACUUGCCUAGAUCCGAGAUCUGGGAUGUCCGACUGUCUACGCGGGCCUUUGCAUCUGCUCCUGAUCAGUGGACUGUGGAAGCGCGAGCGCACGCGCACGCCGACGGAGAUGCUCAGCGUAUCGCCCUCCUCAUCCAUCACGCGCCUCUCACCGACGUUCAACACAGUGUUCGCGCUACUUUCACCGCUCAGCGAAUCCUCACUACGUCUGCUGGCCCCACCGACGGGGCCAAGCUGCGCAUCAAUGGCGAGCCAAUCGAGGUCCAUCGAGAUGAUGCUACGCUGCCAGAAUCUCGCGUCGACAAUGCGGAACUUGUCAAGAGCAUCCUGCCGCCAAGCGCCGCUUGGCUCUCAUCCCCUUUGCAAGCGCACAUCGACGACGCUGCCAGCGUGUCUGGACUCAGCAUAAGCACGCAAAGCUCAGCGACAGACUUGCCUGCGCGAUCCCUCACGCCCGCGCCACGACCUCCUCUAGACCGCUUGGGUGCCAUUUCCUCGCUCGUGCGGCGCAACUACAUCUACUUCACCUCGCUCUUGCAAGAGCCUGAGGCCAAGUGGAAGCACGUGUCGGAUACGCGCGGGGUGACCGUCACUCAGCUCGACAGCAUCGACCCAACGCUGGUCGUCUACCGCGCAGAAGCGACCUUCGUGGGAGUGGGCGUGUGGGACCUUUUCAGCACCAUCACCACUCCCGGAGCGCACAUGUUUUGGGACAAAGGCGUGGAAGAGGCGGCACUCGUGGACGAUGCUGGAGAUGCUACGCGGCUGUGGUGGACCAAACGCAAGGCUGCGUGGCCCGUGGCGCCCCGAGAUAGCGUCACGGUAGAGACGUGCUACAAGGGUCCAUCGGCACAUCACGUCUUUAGCUUUUCGACGGAUGACCGAGCGCUCUUUCCCAAACUACCUGCACCCGCUACACCCACUACGAUUCGCACGCAAGUGGAUCUGCGCGGAUGGUCCAUCGAGAGCCUGAACCCGACCACUGUGCACGUGUCUCUCAUCGAGCAGUCCGAUCCGGGCGGGUGGACGAGCAAGAGCGCGACGCCUGCUGCAAUGUCUGCCGCCGUGUCUGGCGUCGGGGAUUAUGCCAUCAAGAAUGGCGCGCCUCCGACGGCUACGCGCGUGCUGGGAGCUCACGUUCGCACAUCUCGCUACGAGCACGACAAGGCGACGUAUCGAUUGGAAUAUGGGCUUGCGGAAGGCCAGCAGCAGCACGUGGAGUGCGAAUUACGAUGUGAUGCGGAUGGAUGGUGCUGCGCUCUGGACCUCGUCGUGGAUCCGCCACCCAUCAGCGUGAGCUGCUUGCGACGAUGGAGAGGCACGCCGAGCGGUGCGAGCGGUUUGUGGCUCACCAUCGAGCACGUGGCUGCUUCGCUCGAAGACACUGUGGCGCGCAUCACGGUACGCAAGCUCAAGCAAAAGGAGACCAAUAAGAGAGAAGUGGUGGUGCUGGUGAAUGGGGCUCGCAUGCGCGUCGAUGUGGAAGAGGUCGCGAAAGGUGCGGGUACGGGUGCGGAUGCGACGCAUGCGAAACGAUCCAAGCCGAGAAGGGUGCCACUGGAUCUACCUUCCCAGACGCUUUCUCCCCGCAAAAAGGAGAGCGACGCGACGACACCCGCGACGACGGCGACGGAGGAGCCGCCACGGACGGCUGAUGCGCGCUACGCCUCGCGAUCGCCCAUGGGUGGCGCUCUGGACGUGCUGUACCUCUUGCGGCGCAUCGCAGCCGAGAGAUCUCUUGAUCCAUCCGCGCCCUCGCCCGGAUGGUCUUUGGUUGGCGCGCCUCGCAACGGUCUCUUCGUGAGGCGCAAGAUGAUGUCCACCUUUAGCAGCACUAUCGCGGUGCAGCGUGGAGACAAGGUGGUGGAGGGGUUCACCGCAGAAGACAUUUGCGGAACGAUUUCGUGCACGCGCAGAAAGUGGGACGAGACGAUCGAUGCGCGCGCUCGCGUGACCAAGAGCUUUGGCAGCGGAGCAUUCUUGUCCACCUAUACCACAAGAGGCGUGUUUCCCUUCAAAGGGAGGUCGUUCGAUGUCGCCACCCUGAUCGCCAGCGACGAAUGCAACGAGUCUCGCGCAGCUUCUCCAUCCGCCACGAAUCGCCCUAGCGUGCUGUUUUGCGCGUCCGCCAGCUACGAUUCGCGCCACGACGAGCUGGAUGCGAACAAGAUCAACCCGCUCAGCUUACCCACCGGUCGCGUGCUCAUCGAUGGCUGGAUUUUGGAAACGCUGGAUCCAUACAGCGCGACGCACAAUCAUCCUAUUCCGUCUACGCGCUGCACGCACGUCAUAGCUGUGGAUUACAAGGGCAAUGUUCCGAUAGCUGUCAAUACGCACUGGAACGCCAAUUUACCUCGCGCCGUGCUCAACAUUGAAGACAUCCUCAAGCGGUGCGGGCCUGCUCACGUGUUGCGCAGUCCGGCACCGGCUGUACACGUGCGUGGAGAUGAGAUGGACGAGAGUAGAGGGCUAGUGUGGACGCUUCAAAAUCCGUCGGCGCGAAUCGCGACCCUGCUCGAGUACAAUUUCGAUGCGGACACGCGCCAGGCUGAUGUGCUCAUCCACAUUCCACCACGCGAGGCGCGAGAUCCCGAUUCGACUCCUACGGGCGCGAAAGAUCCAGACGAUUUGCCGUUUCCUCGAGUGCAACCCGAGUCGAGUCACGGGCACGCCCAGCUGCCGUCUAAUCCGCCAUCGCGAGCGGCCUCUCGAGCGACGAGUCUGAUCUCUCUGCGCGGAUCCAGACCGUCGACGAUUCGGUCUCAACCGCGCGAUACAACUCUAGUGGACGCCGUCAUCGAGCUGAGGCAUUAUGCUUCGGUCAAAGGGUACGAUGUGCACGUCUCGUCGGCACUGAGCGCAGGAACCGCACCGCUGGGAUUAUCGGCAUUGCCGCCUGACAUCAAGACGCGCGACGUGCCCUGCACUGUGCAAGCAUUCGAUCUACCUCCGUCCGCCGCUCUGGCCGCUACACUGGAUCCUGGAUCGCGUCCGCAGCAACACCUUUUGCGCGUGUCUAUCCCUGACUCGGCCUUUGCGCAUGGAUCCGCAGCGGACCUGCCGCAGUGGUACAUUGACCUUGGCCAACGCGGAGCGCUCGUCAGGCUGCUCAUUGCACCUCGCACGAGCGACAAUGCGCCUGCAGAUGCUGCCGAGGACGUUGAGGACGAGGAUGCGAGCCCCGUCCGGCCGUUUUUUGACCAACGUCGUUUGGACGUCACGCACGUCAAUGCGACUUCUGCGAUGCUUCAGCGCGAGAGUUCGGGUACGGUGGAUGAGAAUGUUCCCACGCUCGAGAGACUGCCUGCAUCGGCUGGCGCGGCUUCCAACGAGAAUGACGCGCCGGCUCCUCUGCGCAUUCCGAAAGCCGUGCGCCUUGAUCUCCUGCCGGAUCCUGAACCUUCAAAAGCCGUCUUGGACAAAGAGCCCUCCACGGACUCCAAAGUCUCCAAAAAGUCCGCGACUUCUCCGCCGUCCACACCGCGCAAAGGCGAUGUGCGUGCUGCGGAUGCAUCUCCGGUCAAGGAGUACGAGGCUGGGUCGACGAGCGCAGCGCUCAUGAACGUGCUCAACACUUAUCCACUCUCGCGUUUGGGCGCGUCGACCGCACUUUCUGCUGCGACUGCGGAUGGCGGCAUUUUUGCAACGAAGCGCGCGACGACGACGACGAGGGACGACAAGGAUGGCAAGGUAGUCGAGUCGAGCGACGCUGCACAGGUGGCUGCUAAUUCCAAGGCGGCCGAUAACAUCGUCCCUGGUGCCAUGUCGGCCGUCUCGGAGCCAGCUCGUCAAACUGCAGCUGCGGCGGUCAGAGCGCUGGGAGGCAAGCAUUUCAGUCUAGCCACGCUGAUCCUAGCUAGCCUGGUCGCCUUUCUCCUUGGAAGCCUCUUUCGAGGGCUAUUGGAACCGUCGGAUUUCUUGCUCGCUCCCGUCUCCUUGCCCGACGCUGCCUCGGGUUCGACUCGAGAUGCUGCAACGCAGGUUCGACGUUUGCUCGACGGUCUGCCCAUCUCAUCGACUGCGCCGCAUGCCGAUCGGGUCGCGAGGAGAGAAUUGCGCAGACUUGUGGAGCUCAAAGGUCUCGUUGCGGGCUGGAAUGUGGUACUGGCUGUAGUCAGGAGAUAG